AUGCGUGGCGACCCCGACAUCACCACCGAGGAGGUGGUUCUGCAGGAGCCGACAGCCGUCCUCGAGAAGCAGGACACUGAGAAGCUGAGGGGCGUUGGUUCCGAUGACUCAAGCGACAAUGUUGCCGGCCUCGAUCAAGGCGAUUUCCUCAAAGGACACGACGAGCAGCUGGACGAAGAUCAUGUCAUCGUGACAGGUGCCGAUGCCGCAAACUACCUGCUGUCAAUUCGCGACGACGGCGACCCGGCUCUUACUGUGCGCAGCAUGGUCCUCGCAACGGUGGUUGCAGCUUUCCAGGCGGCCAUGAACCAGAUCUACAGCUUCAAACCCACCUCAGUGACCAUCAGCGGAUCCUUUAUCGUCCUCAUCAUCUGGUUCCUCGGACGUGGCUGGGCCCUUCUCCUUCCGCGAGGUGACCGACUGGAGGCCAAGUGGCGUGCAAACGGUGGCAGUGGUCGCCGCCCGUGGUGGAUCUCGCUGGCCGUACUCUUCAACCCGCGCGAGUUUGGACUCAAGGAGCACGCAGUUGCUGCUAUCACUGCUUCGUCGGCUUCACACGGAGUUUCGGGCAUUCAAGUCUUCACAGUCCAGAACCUCUACUACAACGACCAGGUCAGUGCCACGACAGUCAUCCUCUCCACUCUGUCGAUUGGACUGUAUGGCUAUGGUCUCACUGGCUUGCUCCGCCCCAUCACUGUCUGGGCCCCAGAGUCGGUGUACUGGACCAACAUUCCCGUCGUGAAGAUCCUGCAGUCGCUUCACUGGGACGACGUCAAGAACUCCAAGCCGUUGCGUGUCUUCUGGUACUGCUUUGCCGGCAUGGGAGUCUACGAAUGGUUCCCCGCCUACAUCUUCCCAUGGCUCAACUCAGUGUCCAUUCCCUGCUUGGCUUCCAUGCACGCCACUGGAAACAAGGCCCACAUUCUCAGGAACGUAUUCGGCGGCAGUCUCAGCAACGAAGGUCUGGGUAUCCUCAACUUUUCAUUUGACUGGCAAUACAUUACUUCGUCCUCCACCAGUAUGCCACUCAAGCUUCAGGCCAACUUCGCGGUCGGUCUCGUCAUCUGCUGGAUUGCCAUGCUGGCCGUCUACUACGGUAACGCGUGGGGAGCACUCUCCCAGCCAUUCAUGUCGACCUCGCUCAAGACAGCCGCCGGAGGCUCGUACUCGUCCACGUCCGUGUUCGUGAACGGCAUCCUGGACGAGGAAAAGCUGGCUUCGUAUGGCCUCCCGCAUCUCACCGGAACUUACACCUGGGCCAUGCUGGUCGGCAAUGCUGCGAUUGGUGCUGUCAUUGCCCACUGCAUCUUAUUCUGGGGCAAGGACAUUCUCCUGACAAUCAAGCGACUCCGCAAGGGCGAGUUUGAGGACCGUCACCACGCUGUGAUGGCCACAAACUACAAGGAAGCCAGCUGGAUGUGGUACGCCGGCAUGCUCGUCAUCUCCUUCGUUCUCGGCCUCGUUGUGGUGAUCACGCAGAACCUUACCUUCCCGGUGUACGGUUACAUCAUCGCAUUGGUGGUCGGAUCAAUUGUGGCCCCGUUCAGCACCAUUCUCUAUGCCAGGUUUGGCAAUGGUAUCGCCACGAACGCCCUCAUGAAGAUGAUCGCCGGUGCCAUUCACCCUGGACGACCCCUCGCAAACCUCUACUUUACCGGCUGGUCGCAUUCGGCAGUCAUGCAGAGCAUCUACCUCUCUGGUGACCUUAAAAUGGGAGAAUACCUGAAGAUCCCGCCUCGCACAAUGCUCCUCACCCAGGUGUGGGGCACCGUCUUCGGCGCGUUUAUCAACUAUGCUGUCAUGAUCAGCAUCGUCAACAACCACCGCGACAUCCUCGUCGACUCAAACGGCUCCUCAACCUGGAGUGGACAGUCGUACCAGUCCCUCAACACGCAAGCAACCGCAUGGGCUUUGGCCAAGUACCUGUAUGUGGCCGGCAAGCCAUAUGUCGCUGUCCCUAUCGGACUCGCCAUUGGAUUCGGCCUGGUGGUCAUCCACCGCGUCGUCGUGCGCUUUGUCCCCCGCAUCGGCCGCUUGAACCUGUCCGACAUCAACCUGCCUACUCUGCUCAUGUACUCCGGCUGGCUGGGUUACAACCAGACUCAGUCAUGCGUUGUUAUCAGCCAGCUCCUGGCCGGAUUCUUCGUCCAGUAUUACCUCCGCAACUACCGCCCUCGCAUCUUCAAGGACUACCAGUACCUUGUGACCGCGGCAUUCGAUGGUGCCUCGCUGUUUGUGCUGUUCAUUCUGUCAUUUGCGGUCCUCGGUGCCGGUGGGUUGGAGAAGCCGUUCCCCUUCUGGUGGGGAAACCCCAACACCGACCUGAGUGGUGUAUCAUAG